CGCUCAGAGCAGAAUUCAAAAAGAGAGUAGCAGCAGCAGCAGCAAGCAGCAAGCAGCAAGCAGCAAGCAAGAACCGAAACGACGGCGUAGUAGCAAGAAAACACAAAAAACACAGAAAACGACAAUGUCGCAUUUCUGGAAGCCCGGCACCGAGAAGCCUCGCAUGGUCGACGACGAAGAAGGUGGAGUUCUGUUCUUGUCCACCGUUGCCUCUUCCUCAUCUUCUUCGGGAUUCGGCUAUGGAAGCAUGGAAAAGCAGAGGCAGAGGCUUCCCGUGUAUAAAUACCGCACCGCGAUUCUGUAUUUGGUUGAAACUCACGCCACUUCUAUUAUCGUUGGCGAGACUGGCAGUGGCAAAACCACUCAGAUUCCUCAGUACCUUAAAGAAGCAGGUUGGGCUGAUGGUGGGCGUGUUAUUGCUUGCACUCAACCUAGGCGUUUGGCUGUCCAGUCAGUUGCUGCAAGGGUGGCUGAAGAGAUGGGGAUCAAGCUUGGAGAGGAAGUUGGCUACACAAUUCGAUUUGAAGAUCUUACAAAUACAAAUACAACCAUGAUCAAGUUUCUAACAGAUGGGGUGUUACUGAGGGAAAUGAUGGAUGAUCCUCUUUUGACCAAGUAUAGUGUCAUAAUGGUUGAUGAGGCUCAUGAAAGGUCCAUUUCAACUGACAUAUUACUUGGUCUACUAAAAAAGAUUCAACGCCGUCGACCUGAGCUGCGCCUGAUUAUUUCCUCUGCUACAAUUGAAGCAAAAUCAAUGUCUGCUUUCUUCCAAGCCAGCAAAAGGCGUCGAGGAUUAGAAGGUGAGGAGCUUGGACCAAGGAUGGAACCUGCGAUCCUAUCAGUUGAGGGUAGAGGGUUUAAUGUACAAAUUCAUUUUGCUGAGGAGCCUGUUUCGGACUAUGUUCAGGGUGUUGUUUCAACAGUAUUAUCAAUUCAUAAUCAGGAACCCAUGGGUGAUAUUCUGGUAUUUCUUACUGGUCGAGAUGAUAUUGAUACUGCUGUCAAGUUGCUUAAUGAGGAAGCUCAAAGCAAUGGAAAGAAAUCUUCAGGAUUAAUUGUUUUGCCUUUGUACUCGGGACUCUCACGUGCGGAGCAGGAGUUGAUUUUUACUCCAACUCCUAGAGGGAAAAGGAAAGUAGUGAUAUCAACAAAUAUAGCAGAGACAUCGUUAACUUUGGAGGGAAUUGUGUAUGUUGUUGAUAGUGGGUUCUCAAAACAGCGAUUCUACAAUCCGAUUUCAGAUAUUGAGAAUCUGGUAGUGGCACCUAUAUCCAAGGCAUCUGCUAGACAAAGGGCGGGUAGAGCUGGACGAGUUCGACCUGGGAAGUGUUACAGGUUAUAUACUGAAGAGUAUUUUGUCAAUGAAAUGUCUGCUGAGGGUAUUCCAGAGAUGCAAAGAUCAAACCUUGUUUCGUGUGUGAUUCAGUUAAAGGCCCUAGGUAUAGACAACAUCUUGGGCUUUGAUUGGCCAGCAUCUCCAUCUCCUGAAGCAAUGAUUCGAGCGCUAGAAGUACUGUAUUCUCUUGGAGUGUUGGAUGAUGAUGCCAAACUUACUUCACCGGCUGGAUUUCAAGUGGCAGAGAUUCCAUUAGAACCAAUGAUCUCAAAAAUGAUCCUUUCUUCAAAUGAACUUGGGUGUUCAGAGGAGAUUCUUACUGUUGCUGCCAUUCUCUCUAUCCAAUCCAUUUGGGUGUCUGGGAGGGGAGUACAAAAGGAACUGGAUGAAGCCAAGUUGAGAUUUGCUGCGGCCGAGGGUGACCAUGUGACAUUCCUAAAUGUUUACAAAGGGUUUCUUCAAUCUGGAAAAUCUUCACAAUGGUGUCAUAAGAACCAUGUGAACUACCAAGCCAUGAAAAAAGUGAUUGAAAUUAGAGGGCAGCUUCGAAGAAUAGCACAGAGAUUAGGCAUAGUCUUAAAAUCUUGUGAGGGAGAUAUGAAGGCAGUAAGAAAGGCAGUUACUGCUGGCUUUUUCGCUAAUGCGUGUCGUUUAGAAGCAUUCAGUCACAGUGGGAUGUAUAAGACUGUCAGAGGCUCUCAGGAGGUUUAUAUUCACCCAUCGUCUGUGCUGUUCAGAGUUAACCCAAAGUGGGUUAUAUUCCAUUCUCUUGUCUCAACUGAUCGGCAGUACAUGCGCAAUGUCAUCUCCAUAGAUCCUUCUUGGCUAAGGGAGGCUGCCCCACAUUUUUACCAGCAUCAACCACACAAUGCUAUUGGUCACUGACCUUGCUGUUUGAUUUGCUUAUGCAAUGGAUCAGGGGGAAGCUAUUGGUAUGGCCUAGAUCAGUAACCUAGGAAUUUCCUUGAAAAUAUAUGUAUUAAUUUUGAGAACUCUAAAUCGCCAUUGUUAUAUUCAUCUCUUUUUGAUAUAUAGUGUGUAACAUAUAGGGCUAGUUGACAUUGGUUUUAAGCUGACCUCUUGUUCAUCAUAAAUAUUAAUUUUGUCCAUAGUAGUGAGAAUGAGGUUUGUGCGAUAAAGUAAUGGUAGUUUGAAUGAUAACCAUAUCUUUGGGUGAUCCCUUCUUUUUUUCUGAGUGGAAAUGGAGGAAUUAUUAUUGCAUUAUGCUUAUGUUUUUAUGUGCUUUUUAACUGAGAAAGGGUGUUGGGGAACAUAUUUAGUAAAUUGAGCAAUGCUAACAAUUUUUAAGACUC